AUGAUGGAGACGGGCAUGAACGUAGCCCGUAUGAACUUCUCUCACGGCUCGCACGAGUACCACGCGGAGACAAUCCGCAACUGCCGGCAGGCCGAGGCCAACUACAGCGCCCGCCUCAGCGCGCCCUUCUCGCUCGCCAUCGCGCUCGACACCAAGGGGCCCGAGAUCAGGACUGGCCUGCUGGAGGGGGGUGGUUCCGCCGAAGUUGAACUAAAGAAAGGAGCCACAAUAACUCUAACUACAGACCCUGCCUAUCAAGAAAAGGGCAAUGCUAACACAGUAUUCGUGGACUACAAGAAUAUUACCAAUGUCGUCAAGCCAGGGAACAAGAUUUUCAUUGAUGAUGGACUUAUUUCAGUGAUUUGUCAAUCUACUGACUCUGAUAAGUUGGUCUGCACUAUUGAAAAUGGAGGCAUGCUGGGCUCCCGCAAGGGAGUGAACCUGCCAGGUCUGCCAGUGGACCUGCCCGCUGUCUCAGAGAAAGACAAGUCCGACCUGCUAUUUGGAGUGGAGCAAGGGGUGGACAUGAUAUUCGCGUCCUUCAUCCGCAACGGCGCGGCGCUGCAGGAGAUCCGCGCCAUCCUCGGAGACAAGGGCAAGAACAUCAAGAUCAUCUCCAAGAUCGAGAACCACCAGGGAAUGGUCAACCUCGACGAGAUCAUCGCUGAAUCCGAUGGUAUCAUGGUUGCUCGAGGUGACCUGGGUAUUGAGAUCCCACCAGAGAAAGUGUUUCUGGCGCAAAAAACAAUGAUCGCUCGCUGUAACAAGGUGGGCAAGCCGGUGAUCUGCGCGACCCAGAUGCUGGAGUCAAUGGUAAAGAAGCCACGUCCCACACGCGCCGAGACGUCAGACGUGGCCAACGCUAUACUGGAUGGAGCCGACUGCGUUAUGUUAUCUGGGGAGACUGCUAAGGGAGACUACCCUCUCGAGUGUGUGUUGACUAUGGCUAAUAUCUGUAAAGAGGCUGAGGCGGCCAUCUGGCAUAAGCAGCUCUUCACCGACUUAGUCGCUCAGGUGAAGGCGCCCAUCGAGCCGGCGCACUCGGUGGCCAUCGCGGCGGUGGAGGCGGCCACCAAGUGCCUGGCCGCCGCGGUCGUGGUCAUCACCACGAGCGGCCGCUCCGCGCACCUGCUCAGCAAGUACCGGCCGCGCUGCCCCAUCAUCGCCGUCACCCGCCAGCCGCAGACCGCGCGCCAGGCGCACCUGUACCGCGGCGUACUGCCCAUCGUCUACAAGGAGGGCGUGGCGAGCGACUGGCUGAAGGACGUGGACAACCGCGUGCAGUACGGGCUGAGGUUCGGGCGCGCGCGCGGGUUCCUCAACAGCGGCGACAACGUGGUGGUGGUGACGGGCUGGCGGCAGGGCUCCGGCUUCACCAACACCAUGCGCAUCAUACAAGUCGAAUAAGAACACUGAAGGUACGGAGAGAUUCCUGACAAGUAUUAAUGGGAAGAGCAGUAACAUAAUUAUUAUGAUAUUGCUCCGACUCAUGAUAUCAGUUAUAUAUGUAUAAAUGUUUAUCGGCUGUAUAUGAUUCUCAAAGUUAUACAUUUAGUGUUAGGAUUAAUUGUGUUAUUUAUUUAUGAUUUAGAUACUAAAUGUAUUGAAAAUAAACGAAUAAUUUAUAGCAGAUCUUUCAGUUUUUUCCUAUAGCUAUGAAAUGUGGAUAUGAAAUAUACAUGUAUGUUUUAACUGUUUAGAAAAUAAUACAGUAUUCAAAAGGUAACAAAAAUAUAUAUUAUAUUAUUUGUAAA